AUGUCGCUGUCGUCGUCUGCCGUUCCCUUCCCUACCUCUUCCACUUCUUCUUCAACUUCCACUUCUUCUAGCUCGUCUCGAUCCUCAUCCUUGCUGGCCAAGUGGAAUCGGGAUGCGCGUCUUUCCAUCAGCAGCAAGUCCAUUCCCAGCACCCAGAUCGUCAUUUCAGCUCCUCUCCCACUCGGCAGCGGCGUGCGACGCGAAUCAUUAAUCCCACGGCCGCCCAGCAGCAGCAAGAAGCGCGCCCACAAGGAAAUCGUCGCGAAUGAGAACCUCGACGUCGACGACGAACGCGCGCGGGUCCGCCAGCGCACCACCUCCGAGGCGACCCUCACGCCCGGCAAACCAGACCACGCCUCGCCCCCAAUCUCGACGCCUCUGCACACAGCGGAGGACGUCGAGCCAACGCGCGCCGUGGCACGUGAUGGCGCGAUUGCGAUCGUCCAGGCGCGCCCGGGUCAGGCGAAGAAGACGCUGAAGGCCCUGCGAGACCGCCUCAGAAUACACCCUACCCGGGGCCCCAAGACGGAGGAUGCUGUGGCGCCCAGCGUGACCACCGGAUCUCAGCCCGAUAUUUGUCCUCCCAGUCCCACCCCCAGGCAGGCGGACGGCACGCCUAGCAAGGCUUCCCGCUGCGAAGAGCUAGAUCGCGUGCCGGUCCCACGUCCAGACGUCGCACGAAAUGGCGAUAAAUGUAAUGAGAACGGGGACGAGAACCACCGUGACCCACGUCCGAGCAGCAAACCCCAGCGCGGAGGGCCGAAAUCCAAGACGGUCCAUUUCCUGCUUGCGCCCACUGAUCUGGAGAUGAAGGCGUACAAGGAAAUGGCGAGACGUCCCGCAGACCUUGGGAAAUCAAAGUCGCCAUUGCAGCAGCGGAAUGCUAAUCUCUCGCACGUCGCUUCUACUUCGACGCGAGCUGUUCCCGCGAAGGCCUUUGCAGCCGCCGCCAAAGCAGAGGCGUCGCCAGUGUCUGCGACGGCUUCGACCGUGCUCCUCAGAAGGGACGCGGUCUUCAAGCCGCCGGUCAGCUUGACAGCCGAGCAGCUCAAACUCGGCAUCGCCUUCUACAACUCACCCCAUUUCGAGAUCUGGGAUAUGGAGGAUGAUAUAUUCGUAGCCUGGCCCGCCGAGCUGCGUCUCGAAGCCCUCGACUCCGACCGCUGGGAAUUCACCUCCCUCAUCCAGCCCGAGAUCCUGCGCGUCGCCCUCGAGUGCCACUCCAAGUACUACUGCAAGGACGGCGACCACACCAAGUACCCGUACGCCAUCUGCGACGCGGAUUCGUGGUAUGCUGUCGCGUACGGCGGGGCGGUGUGCAGGGACGGCAUGCGGUCGGCGGUCGUGCCUGCUGCGGGGAUACACGUCGCGGCGCAGUGGGAGCGCACGUACAAGCGGCGCGCGGACCCCGUCGACGUUGAGGGUACGGGUACGGGUGCGGGCGCGCGCAGGCCCAAGGCGCGUGAGGUGCCGGCCGAGCGCGGGUGGGUGCUAAGGUUCUGGAUACCGAUCCCGACGCAUCUGUUUGUGAAGCGGGAGACGCGCUCGUUCGUCAUCGAGGCGAAGGUCUGGCUCGCCGACGACGCGAGGGAGCUGCCCCACGCGGACAAGGCGCUGUCGGCCACGGCGGAGAUGACGAUCUCCCACCUGAGGAGGGCGCGGGAGAUGAUAUAG